ACUGAAGCAAAAACACCAAGGCGCGUCAGUUAAACUAUUGAUACAAUAUAAAUAUUUAUCCAUAUUGACUAAGUGCCCUCUGUUUUAAUUACGUUAAUAAUUAUAAUAUGCUUUACGAGAUUAUUUUUAAAAUAUGAGUAAAUUUAGUGCUGUGAAGUGGUAACCCCGUUGCGUUUGACAGAUCGCACACGCAGUGCAGUGGUGUCGAAAGUGAACGUGUGUUGUGUAUUCGUAUUAUUUAAUGUUACUGUGAAUUACAAGAACUAAAACAAAAUGGCGACUACAAUAGAGGCGUCACAAAGCCUCAUCCAAUCUGAGUCCAGGGUGACGCACAGUUACCAAGAAGUCCAUGUCUCAGAGAGCCGGCAAGUCAAGAAGAAGAAGUCCAGCAGACGGCAUAAGGAAGAGGGAUCCAUAUCUGUGUCCAAAAGCUCUGAAAAGCUAUUCAAAAAGAUGAAAGCGUCUGAAGAAAAUCCCACUUGUGCCAAAUGCUCCAGGCCAGUGUAUGCUAUGGAGAGGAUUAAAGCUGAAAAGAGAGCUUGGCACAAGGAAUGCUUCCGAUGUGUUCAGUGCAAUAAGCAACUUACAAUGGAGACGUAUCAAAGUGACCAUACAACAUUGUACUGCAAGCCACACUUCAAGCAACUGUUUGAACCGAAGCCGGUUGAUGAUGAUGAUGAAACUGACGCUGCCCCAAGAAAACAUCAAAUGAUAAUCUGCGAGAGCAACCCAGUGGAACUUCCACCUGACGUUGUGCGAGCGUCAGAUAAACCAGAUUUAGGUCUAGAAGAGCUGGCAUCCCUGGACGUGAAGUCUCGUUUUGAGGUGUUCGAGAAGAAAGCACAGCCUGAAGAAAAGCCUACUCUGGAAAAACACCAUCGCGAGAAAAGUUCCACUCUACUGUCUAAAUUGGCCAAGUUUAAAGCAAAGGGAAUGGACAUUGGUGUGUCUGAUGAGUACUUAAAUGGUGUGGAACCUGAGGAUAGCUCCAGCGAAAGAGGGGAAGAGGAUGAUGAAGACUCAGUUCUCAAAAACUCGUACAAGCACAGUGGAAGUCGGGAACAACCAGUUUCGUUUUGUAAUAUGAGCGAAAUAGUGGGUCGCUUUGAGAGCGGACAACACACCAACUCCGAAAGACACAGAGAGCGGAAACAGGAAAUACAAAAUAUUCGGAGCAGGCUUUUUAUGGGAAAACAAGCAAAAAUAAAGGAAAUGUACGAACAAUCCGUGAUGCAGAGUGAACAAGGUGUAACAUCAUCAGAAAAAAUCUCCAAAGAACUGGAGUUGGAUGCUGAAAAAUCUCGCGCAAUCAAGGAGCGCUUUGAGAAUGGCGAAGUAUACAAUGAUGAGAAUCAAGCUCCUAAAAAUCGGGAAUUCGAAGAUCGGGCCGUUUUUAAUGAAGGAAUCGCAAAGAAAUCAAGAUCUAUAUUCCUAGAGUUGGACGCGAAUGCCAAAACUAUGCCGCCACUAUCUCCACCGCCGCAGGAUGUGCCGAAACGAAAGGAAAUCCCAUUCGUACCAAAAGACGUGGUCCGCGCUGCUGAUAAACUGGAGGACGUGAAGAUUGAGACAUCAGAUAUCUCGGACCGAUUCAAGUUCUUCGAAACGUAUCAGCCUGAAGCUAAGCGUAAGGAGUUCCGUAUGACUCCACCACGGCAGACCCAGCGACCCAAAUCCCCAUCCCCCGAAAUAUACCACGAGCCAAGCGUAGUGCGAAGUGAAGAUGCCGUCGCAGACACCAAUUUAGCUGCGAGUCGGCACACGGCAUCUCGGAUGAUCUCCGUGUUUAGGGAGAUGGAGGAUCAGAGACACAAACAUGAUGAACCACAGGGCCCGAAGCCGUUAAAGCGUUUCACCCCCCCACCACCCGGGGAGAACACCCAUACAGGCGACACAACAUCUUCGGAAGAGUACAGCGAGGAAGAAGAUAGCGAGGACGAGGCUCGCAGGGCGUAUUAUGAGGCACGUCAGAGGGACGAGGCUCUUCAACAGGCCCAACAAUUAGCCCGUACGAAGAGUUUCCGCGACCGCUUCGAACAUUGGUCCGAGAGCGAACCACAGCGUUCCCCCUCCACUCUCAUCAUAGAGAGGGAUCAAGAGGAAGAUGGAGACUCCCUCGCCACUGCUAAGAGUUUGCGGGAUAAGUUUGAAAAUAUGAAAGUCCAGACAACAACCGUCAACAAGACUUUUGUAACGAAAGUUAAUAGAUUUGUGUGACGCCGUCGCACCAUAAUAUUUAUUGCCAAAGCCUUUAUAUAAACACUUGCCGUGUGAAAUAGAUAGUCUUUUUAAAUAUAAGUUCUACUUAACCUAUAUUGUAAAGCCAAUUAUUGCUAACAAUUCUGUAUUAAAAAUAUAAUUCUUGGCGUUUUUAAGAAAUUUAGUGGAGGAUUUACACAUUUUCAAGAUAUAGGCUGUGAAAUUGUUGCCGCCCUUGCCUCUACAAUUGUCAUGUGCUAGAUACAACCAACUUCUAGAUUAUUUUACAAUCCAACAAUUCCGUUGAAAUUGCACACAAUUUUAUACACAAACCAUCCAGUUCGCAAUCUCCAACCAGAACUGUAGGAUUGACAUGCAUAGGGAAAGAAGGUAAAAGAGGGAUUUAAAUACAUUUUCUGCAAUUUCGCUCUUUUGACUCAGAGGUCGAUUAUUGGGCGGCGAUUGCUGUUUCACUCUAGAAUAUGGAAGUUGCUACAUCGAAUGUGCAUUGACAAAUGAGAGGAGAAAGUCAUCGCCAAAAUUUGUCGCAGACUUCUAUCUGUAAAACAUCAUGCAGAAAUCUUUGUGACUUCUAUGAGGUAGCAAAAAGAAUUCGGUUCCUAUAUCUGCCGACCUAGGCCUACAGCCUGCUGGUAAAUCCGCCACUGUAUAAACGUACGGAGUAAACACCUUGGUGCCAUUUAAUCUUAUUUAUAGUUUAAUAUAUGCACAUUAUUGUCAAUUUGUGGUACUCUGAACCUAUGUUAUUCCAUAUAUUGGUCUAUAGUUGAUUAUUGAGAUUAUAAUUUAACCAUUAAUAAGUUUGCAAUUUAGUACUGAAUUUAAAUGUAUAUUAAUUUUUUCGCAUUUGACUGAUAUCAACGUAAUGGUACUUAAAUUAUUUGGGGUUUGAUUACAAUUUUGUAAGAUUUUUUUAAAUAAAAGUAUUUAAAUUA